CAGGGCUGGACCGGGAGCCCCGGCACUCGGGAUGUUCCCGCACGGACGGCACCCGCCCGGGCAGCCCUUCAAGUUCUCGGUGCUGGAAAUCUGCGAGCGCAUCAAGGAGGAAUUUCAGCUCCUGCAGGCGCAGUACCACAGCCUGAAGCUGGAAUGUGAGAAGCUGCUGAGCGAGAAGACAGAGAUGCAGAGACAUUAUGUCAUGUACUACGAGAUGUCCUACGGCCUGAACAUUGAAAUGCACAAGCAGGCAGAGAUUGUCAAGAGGCUGAGUGCCAUUUGUGCCCAGAUGAUUCCCUUCCUGACACAGGAGCACCAGCAGCAGGUCCUGCAGGCGGUGGAAAGGGCCAAGCAGGUGACCAUGGGCGAGCUCAACAGCAUUGUCGGGCAGCAGCAGCUUCAGCAGCUCUCCCAGCACGCAUCCCCACCCCACCCCUCCAGCAUGCAGCCCCCCAGCCUGAGCGGGGCCAGCAGCACCUCAGGGCUCCCGGCCCUCUCUGGGACACUGGUGGCACAGCUGGCCACCAAGGAGGACAGAGCGGCCCAGGAUGGGGAGAACACAGAGCACACCCCAAGCCGGAGCGUUUCUUCUUCCCCCGCCGAGAGCCUGCAGGACGAGGAGCGCACGGGGCUGAAGAGGAAGAGGGAGGAGAAGGAGCUGCCUGGGCAUUCUGACAGCGAUGGGGACAAGAGUGACUACAACCUGGUGGUGGAUGAGGACCCGCCGUCGGAGCCCGGCAGCCCCGGACACUCGCCCCGCUUGGCUCGGUCCCACCGGGAGCUGCCCGGGAGCCCCGCGGCCAGCGGCUGCGGCCAGCCCAAGGAGCAGAGCCCGACGGACUCGGUGGCCAGUGCUCCCAGCUCCAAGCCCUCCUCUUCCUCACCAGCCCGUGACUCCCUCACGCCUGGCCCCGGGCCACCCCCAGCCAAGGCCCCCAGCACCGACACCGUCACUCUCCGUAGCCCCCUGAGCUCCUCCAGCCCCUACACGUCCUCCCUGGGCAUGGUGCCCCCCGGCCUCUACGUGGGCAUCCAGCUCUCGGUGCCCCAGGCCGGCAGUGCGCUGCUCCACAGCUGCUCCCCCGUGGUGGCGUUUGAGCCUCACCCUCACCUGAGGGCUUCCACCCUCUCCUCUUCGCUCUCCACCAUCCCUGGAGGGAAGCAUGCCUACUCCUUCCACGUCAGCGCCGACGGGCAGAUGCAGCCGGUGCCUUUCCCCCCCGACGCCCUCAUGGGCUCCGGCAUCCCCCGGCACGCGCGGCAGCUGCACACCCUGACCCACGGCGAGGUGGUCUGCGCCGUCACCAUCAGCAACUCCACGCGACACGUCUACACCGGGGGCAAGGGCUGCGUCAAGGUCUGGGACGUGGGGCAGCCGGGCACCAAGACGGCCGUGGCUCAGCUGGACUGCCUGAACCGUGACAACUACAUCCGCUCCUGCAAGCUGCUCCCCGACGGCCGCAGCCUGAUCGUGGGUGGGGAGGCCAGCACCCUGUCCAUCUGGGACCUGGCAGCCCCCACGCCCCGCAUCAAGGCUGAGCUCACCUCCUCUGCCCCCGCCUGCUACGCCCUGGCCAUCAGCCCUGACGCCAAAGUCUGCUUCUCCUGCUGCAGCGACGGCAACAUCGUGGUGUGGGACCUGCAGAACCAGACCCUGGUGAGGCAGUUUCAAGGCCACACGGAUGGUGCCAGCUGCAUUGACAUCUCCAACGAUGGCACCAAGCUGUGGACAGGGGGGCUGGACAACACCGUGCGCUGCUGGGACCUGCGGGAGGGGCGGCAGCUGCAGCAGCACGACUUCAGCUCCCAGAUCUUCUCCCUGGGCUACUGCCCCAUGGGGGAGUGGCUGGCGGUGGGCAUGGAGAGCAGCAACGUGGAGAUCCUGCACGUCAGCAAACCCGACAAGUACCAGCUGCACCUCCACGAGAGCUGUGUCCUCUCUCUCAAAUUCGCCUCCUGCGGGAUGUGGUUUGUGAGCACGGGGAAGGACAACCUGCUCAACGCCUGGCGGGCGCCCUACGGAGCCAGCAUCUUCCAGUCUAAGGAGUCCUCGUCAGUCCUGAGCUGUGACAUCUCUGUCAACGACAAAUUCAUCGUCACGGGCUCUGGUGACAAGAAGGCCACAGUGUAUGAGGUGGUUUAUUGACUCCAGUCACCAUCAGGAAAGGGGACACACCUUGUCCUAAGCCAUCAUGGCUCAAGGAGGCCUCCAGUGCUGGACCUGUCCUCCUGCAUCUUUACUUUUCCUUCUCCUCCGCUGCUUUCAGACACCAAACCAAGGCCCCAGCCCCAUUCUCCUGCCCCUGCUCCUGCACAGGCUGGAGGUGAGGGCUGGGUGUAGCUUGGCUGGGCUGGACAUCCUGGGCCCUGUCUGUCCCUCAGGGAGCUGAACAAAGCCCGAGAGUGUGUGUCUCCUGAAUUACUGCUACUGACUUAAUGGCACCCAUUUUCUGCUGCAGAAACAGCUGUAAAUUAUCAGUAAAGAAAUGUAUUUAACUAUGUUUUCAAUCCCUUACUAAUAAAAAGGAACAAAAGAA